CCCUGUUGAGACUCUCAAAACCCCUCUCUCUCUAAAUCCCCUCUCUCUCAAUCCCCUCUCUCUCUCAAUCCCCUCUCUCUCUCAAUCCCCUCUCUCUCUCAAUCCCCUCUCUCUCUCAAUCCCCUCUCUCUCUCUCAAUCCCCUCUCUCUCUCAAUCCCCUCUCUCUCUAAAUCCCCCCUCAGAUGCCAGCGCAUGCCAGCAAUUGGGCCGGGACGCGGCGCAUGCCGGCAGCGGGCGGGCCGGGUGGUGGUGAGUGAGAAGAAGGAACAAGUUGAGAAGACAGGGGAGGGGGGGUCGCGAUGGGACAGGCUGUUUGCUGUUGCUUCGUGUGAUGUGGAGGAGGAGGAGGAGGAGGAGGAGGAGGAGGAGGAGGAGGAGGAGGAGGAGGAGGAGGAGGAGGAGGAGGAGGAGGAGGAGGAGGAGGAGGAGGAGGAGGAGGAGGAGGAGGAGGAGGAGGAGGAGGAGGAGGAUGAGGAUGAGGAGGAGGAGGAGGAGGAGGAGGAGGAGGAGGAGGAGGAGGAGGAGGAGGAGGAGGAGGAGGAGGAGGAGGAGGAGGAGGAGGAGGAGGAGGAGGAGGAGGAUGAAGGGGAGGAAGAGGAGGAAGAGGAGGAAGAGGAGGAAGAGGAGGAAGGGGGUGUAGAGGAGGGUAAUGGGGAAGAGGGGAAUGAGAGAUGGCAGAAAAAUUGGGGAAGGUCAAAUCUGGAGGGAGAGAGCAUGGAAGAGGAUAUAUUGGAAGAAGAUGAGUUGGAGAAGAGUGAGGAGGGUGAGGAGAGUGAGGAGGGUGAGGAGAGUGAGGAGGGUGAGGAAGAAGUAGGGGAGGAGGAGAAAGAAGUCAAGAGGAUAAAGGUAAUGAGAGCAGGAGAGGAGCGAGGGGAGGAGGAGAUGGAAAUGAAGGAGGGGGGUGCAGAGGAGGGGGAGGGGGAGGGGGAGGGAGUGGAGGGCGAGAUAGUGGAGGAGGGUGAGGGAGAGGAGGGAGAGAUAGAGGAGGAGGGUGAGGGGGAUGAGGAGGGAGAGAUAGAGGAGAAGGGGGGAGGAGAGGAGGAAGGUGAGGGAGAGGGAGAGAUAGAGGAGGAGGGUGAGGGGGAUGAGGAGGGAGAGAUAGAGGAGAAGGGGGGAGGAGAGGAGGAAGGUGAGGGAGAGGAAGAGGGGAAGGAAAAGUUGGAGGGCGAGGAAGAGGAGGCGGGCAUGGGAGAGGCAGAGAGUGAAGGAGAGGAGGAGGGUGAGGAGGGUGGAGCAGGGAGUGAGGAUAAGGGAGUAGAUGAAGGGGAGGAGGAGGAAGAGGAGACAUCAGGGGAGGGGGAAGAGGAAGAGGAGGAGGAGGAGGAGGAGGAGGAGGAGGAGGAGGAGGAGGAGGAGGAGGAGGAGGAGGAGGAGGAGGAGGAGGAGGAGGAGGAGGAGGAGGAGGAGGAGGAGGAGGAGGAAGGGGAAGGCAAGGGGAGUGAUAAGAGCACAAGAAAGGGGGCAGAAGUGCCUUCGUGGGACAGUCUAUUUGCUUUGGCUGCUGGGGAGGGUCUUGGAGCUGGGGAGGGGAAGGGGAAGGAAGAUGGGAGGAAGGGCUCUGUGACAGAUGGUGGUGUCAGUGAGCUGGUAGCGCCUGUAACAACUGUAACAACUGGCUUCAAUGGUGCUGGUGCUGCUGGGGUUGGUCUUGGUGCUGCUGCUGGUGGUGGGAUUGCGGGGAGAGGGGACGGUGGGGGAAGAGGAUGGAGAGGGGGGAGAGGAGGGUUGUUUGGGAGGGGGAGGGGAAUGGGUGGAAGGGGAGGAAGGUUGGAUGGGGGUGCAGGAGAGGGGGAGGGAGGAGGCUCAUCUGGGGGAGGUAUACCUGACCUGUUGGCUUUGGAGGAAGCGAGAGGGGCAGGUGAUAUGGAGAAGCUUCUGAUGGACAUGGGAGGAAGCUUCCUCAAGUGGGAGGCGGAGGAGGGGAAGUGGAACCGCAAGAAGAAUGAGCUGCGGCUGGAGUUGAAGCGGCAGCAGAAGUUUGCUCUGAGGAAGAUGAUGAAGUGA